AUGGCUGUAGAUCAUUUAUCGGAACUAUGCAAAUACCGAUUUGUCGACAGCAAAUACAGCGACAUCAAGUUACAUCGAACCAAAUGCACGAAUAUUAUUAAAAAUGUUUUGGCACCACACUUCAUUCAAGAAAUUGUGACAGAUUUAGGAGAUCAGGAGUACAGUCUCUUAAUCGAUGAAUCGACAGAUAUAUUGGUACUUAAAAUGCUUGGUGUUUCGAUAAGAUAUUUCAGCCGAUCAUUAAAAAAGAUAAUUUCCACAUUCUUGGGAUUAGUUGAGAUUGAAGACGGAACUGCAGUCAGCAUAGUGAACGGCAUUAAAGGAUUGUUGGCAGAAAUAAAAAUAAAUUUAAAGAAAUUGAUCGGUAUCGGCACGGAUAACGCUUCGGUCAUGACAGGAACUAACAGUGGAGUGCACGCAUUGUUGAAAAAUGCAACUGGUAAUGACAAUUUAGUGUUAGUCCGCUGCGUGUGUCAUUCGUUACAGUUGGCUAUGUCUCAUGCUUCAGCAGAAACCCUACCAAGAAAUGUUGAAUUUCUUAUAAGAGAAACCUAUAACUGGUUUAGCCAUUCAUCAAACCGAAGACUCUUUUACAAAAACAUGUUUCAAACGAUCAACGGUGGCUCCGUUCCAUUGACAAUUCCACAGAUGUGCAAUACCCGAUGGAUAUCAAUUGAACCAGCGGUCUGCCGUAUUCUUGAUCAAUGGAUAGAAUUAAAAACCCUGUUUGAAAUUGCCAGGCGAGAUGAACACUGCUAUACGGCAGAAAUACUAUAUAACAUGUAUAAUGAUCCACAGAAUCAUUUGUACUUAUUAUACAUAAGACCUAUCUUACAGGAAGUUCAAGUGGUAAACAAGUUGUUUGAAAGUAACGAUGUUGACCCAACAAGAUUGUACAAUGAUUUGAUUGGCUUAGUGGAAUCGAUAGGUCGGCGUAUUCUGAACCCAACGGCAAGGGUAGAUAUUUUAACAGAAGACAUAGAAAGCUAUUUAGAUCCGAAACCAUACAUGGGAUUGCUUUUGAGACCAAAUUACUUGAAUACAAUCUUCAGCCUAAUGCAGCAAACUAUUUACGCCAACGUUAAGAUAUCCAUGUUUUCAGUUCAAGAGACUUUAAAAGUAGUUAAGCCAUCCAUUGUCGAAAUAGCCCAAGAGUUCCGAGUUAAUGCACCUAUGAUUGAAAAACUGGUAUCUCAAUGGAGAAAUAUAGUUCACAUUAAAUGGGAAUCCUUGACUUCCACAGUAAAGUUCUGGAAUGAAGUCAUGCAAUAUAAAGAUGCAGCUGAUAAUAACCCCUUUGCAGAGUUAUGUGAGUUUGCAAUGUCUCUUAUAUCAUUGCCACAUUCAAAUGCGGACGUUGAACGUGUAUUCAGCCAAAUGAGUCUGGUAAAAACAAAACUCCGAAACCGUUUGGCGGUGAGAACCCUGAAUGCCAUUUUGUACGUUAGGUUCGGCCUAAAAAGAGCAGGAAAGUGCUGUUACUCUUACACUGUUCCAGACAAUGUACUACGCAGUAUCGGAACCAAAGAGUAUUACGACUCCGGCUCUCAGCCUUCCACAUCAGCUGAUGUUGAUGAAGAUGAAGACCUUAAUAUUCUAUUCCCUUGA